AUGAUGUUCCACAGACUUCUUCUGUGCUUUUCAGUAACUGGACUUGUUUUCGCGGAGCCCGACAGCUCGGGAUUAUUUUACGCUCUGAGAUCUGAACUGUCAGAAGAUGCAAUCUUAGUAGCGAACAACGGAAUACGUGUGCCUUUCGGGAGAUCGAUCUUCAUUGAUCCCAUCAAUGAUCUGGUGAUUCAGACGCAGCCGGGAGACCGCUGCAGCAUCACCGUCCUGGAUAACGACCCACUCUCACAGAGACCGGGACAUCUCUCACCCAAAAAGUUUCCGUGUGAUUUCGGUCCCAAUGAGGUGACAUACUCCCACUACGGGUCGAGAAGUCCGGCUAAAGACAGAGUGAGGCUGCAGCUCAGGUAUGAUGCGCAAACCGAAACCGUUAUUAUCCCGUUCAUGAUGGAGGUGGAAGUAGUUUUUACGCAGCUAGAGUUACUCACCAAAAACAUGCCUCUUACUGUUGAUAACCUCAAAGCGAUCAGCAAUCCCAUUGAUAAAAAGAUUUUAGAGUUUACUUAUGACAGAGACUCUCAUAAAUGUGAAGUGACGUCCCUGUCAAGUGGCAGCGCUCUGCCUAGAUAUGGGAAGCUGAUUGAUGGGGGGAAACUUUCUAAAAUGAUGGACUGUGAUGAAUUCACUCAAGCUGACAUCCGAUAUGAGCACACGUUUGACCGCAAAUCCCCUAACAGAGAUUAUGUUCCCAUGGUUGUAGAGCUGCACGAUAAGGAAGGCAACUUGGUGAAACAGGAGUAUUUCCACCUUAUGAUUCGCAUUAAAGAGGGAGAAGAAAACACUCCCCCCAAACCCAGCUUUGUGUCCAUGAUGAUGAUGGAGAUCAGCCAGUUUGUUAUGACCGCCCUCACCCCUGAUAUGCUCGCUGCUGAAGAUGCAGAGUCAGACCCAGAUGAGCUUAUUUUCAACAUCACAUCUCCCUUAUCCUAUGAGGAGGGCUACAUAGUCAGCACUGAUGACAGAAAUCUUCCCAUCACAUCUUUUUACCAGAGAGACUUGCGUGAUCUGAAAAUAGCUUACAAGCCCCCCUCCCUGGACUCAGACACUGAGAGGAUUUUCCAGCUUGAGUUUGAGGUGGUAGACACAGACGGGGCCAUCUCUGACCCCUUUGCUUUUAUGAUAGUUGUGAAGCCGAUGAACUCCUUAGCGCCUGUUGUGACACGUAACACUGGUCAGCUGCUGUACGAGGGGCAGUCUCGUCCUCUCUUCAAUGCCCACAACUUGGAGAUCAGCGAUGAAGACAACCUGGACACUGUCACCAUCACAGUGGUGGAUGGGCUACGGCACGGGGACCUCAUGGUGCUGGGCUCUCAGAGGCAGCUGUUCACACCUGCUGACCUUACAACAGGGGUCGUUGUUUACCAGCACGAUGGGAGCGACACAUACAGUGACAACAUAGUCUUUAAGAUGUCAGAUGGUAAAAACGAAGUAGAAUUCCUUUUCCCCAUAACAAUCGUUCCCACUGAUGACGAGCCACCUAUUAUAAAUGCCAACACCGGCGUGGUGCUAUUCAAAAACCAGAUGAUGCCUAUUUCUCCCCUCAUGCUCAGCGCUGCAGAUAUUGACUCUGAGGACUCAACUAUUAAAUUCACUAUUGUCCCUCCCUUUUCUACUAUUGGCACAGUGCUCUUAAGGCAGUCAGAUGCCCCAGAGGACCCCUCCUCUUGGAAAUUUAAUGCAGAGGAUGAAGUGUAUGAGAAAGAGGUGCCAGAGUGGCUUCAGAAAGAUAUCACUGAUGGGAAGUUGUUUUACAAGCACACUGGCCCUCACAACACAUACACCGUUAUGGAUCAGUUUGUGUUUAAAGUUCAGGAUGACAAUGACCCCCCUAAUGAGUCAGGGGAGAGUGUAUUUAUAAUCCGGGUUUUACCCAUAGAUGACGUCCCCCCUGAGCUGUUCCCUGGCACCACACUGCAGAUGACCGUACAGGAGUACAAGAUCACUCAUUUCAACAAAGAUGUUCUGCGCUACACCGAUUUGGACUCUGAGGAUCGUGACCUCAAAUAUACAGUUAUCCAGCCCCCAGUAGAUACAGAUGAAAAUAACCCAGUUGUGUUCGGUUCUUUGGUUCUGACGGACAGCCCUGACACUGAAGUUACUGAGUUCACACAAGCCCAAAUUAAUCAUCAUAAGAUUUCAUACGGCCCCCCUGAUAUUGAGCUUGGAAUAACAGCCCACGUUGUACAGUUUCGUUACACUGUUGAAGACACGGCUGGGAACAGCGUAGAAGGAACUUUCACUAUCUACCUCCAGCCCGUAAACAACAAACCCCCAGAGAUUACAAACACAGGCUUUACUGUGUCUGAACGUGGUAUUCACAUCAUCAGUAUUGCAGAGCUGGACACCACAGACCUCGACACAGACAGCAAAGACAUCACCUUUACUCUUAGCCAGCCCCCUAAACACGGCCAAGUACAGGUUGCAUUCACUGACCUAGAGAAAAAAGAGCUUUUCAGACUUGAAGAUAUCUCAGAGGGGAAGAUAUCAUACAUUCAUGGCGGGGAGGAGACGACGAGCGAUGAAUUUCAGCUGGAUGUCAGUGAUGGGUUUCAUGUUGUAACCGUGACGGUCAAAGUUAACGUAAGGCCUGUCGAUGAUGAAACUCCCAGCAUCAGCCUGCCUGCGGGAACAAUUGGCUCUCAUAUAGAUGUGCUGGAAAACGGAGCCACAGAAAUCACAACUAAUGUAAUUCAAGGCCGUGAUGAUGACACAGAUGACCUCCAGCUGACCUUUAUUGUGGAAGAUCCUCCAAUUAUGGGUGAAAUAUUGGUUAAAGGAGUGCCUGCCAGUAGGUUUACACAAGCUGAUAUUAUUAAUGGUGUGGUUGUGUAUGCACACACCAGUGGUGAAGUAGGUCUCUCCUCUCAGCUGGAUGGCUUUAAUUUGACUCUCACAGACAUGUCUGAUGAUUGGACAGUGGGUGGCAAUAAGGUCAACGGAGUUCAGGUCCGAGUCACUAUCCUUCCCGUUGACAGCCAAGCCCCUGAGGUCGGAGUCGGAAUUCAAUUCAGUGUCAUUGAAGGGGAGAAAUAUGCUAUAGGCCCUGAGCACUUGAACGCUGAUGAUAAUGACACUCCAACGGAUGAUAUCCUUUGCACCAUCAUUGUCCAGCCUACUGUCGGCUAUGUGGAAAAUAUUUCACCCGCUCCAGGCUCUGAAAAGUCCAGGUCAGGAACGGCUAUCAGUGCUUUUACAAUCAGAGACAUCAGGGAGAGGAAUAUCUACUUUGUGCAGAGCAUUCACAAAGGCGUAGAGCCAGUGGAAGACAGAUUCACAUUUAGGUGCUCUGAUGGCAUCAAUUUCUCAGAGAACCAUUUCUUACCAAUUGUCAUCAUCCCUGCAAAUGAUGAAAAGCCUGAGAUUUAUUUGAGGGAGAUAGUUGUGAUGGAGGGCAUGAACAUUGUCAUCGACACUCCGAUUCUGAAUGGGGCCGAUGUGGAUAUUCCACCCGAGGAGCUGGUCUUCAUCAUUUCCAAACCUCCCAAACAUGGUGCCAUUUUAAACCAGCUGUCAACAGGGUCAGUUUUGGUGACUAAUUUCACUUUAGAGCAGAUUAGGGAGGCGUCAAGUAUUAUUUAUGAGCACGAUGACUCAGAGACAACAGAGGACAGCUUUGAUAUCACUCUGACUGAUGGAAAGUACUCCGUGCAGAAGACAGCCACGGUAAUGAUAAUUGCUGUGGAUGACGAGACCCCCAGAAUGCUUAUCAACGACGGCCUGGAGGUUGAAAUCGGGGAGGCCAAAGAGAUCAACAGCAAAGUGCUCAAAGCAACCGAUUUAGAUUCAUACGACAGUACUCUCACAUUCAUCAUCAGGUUUGGGCCUGGGCAGGGCCUCCUGCAGAGGAAAAUCCCAUCUGGGUCUCUGGAGAACAUCACGCUUGGCAUGAAUUUCACACAAGCUGAACUCGACGCAGGGCUUAUUCUCUACACACACAAUGGUCAGGAAGGCAUUCGAGACUUGCUUAAGUUUGAUGUCACAGAUGGAAUUAACCCACUUAUUGAUCGUUACUUCUACAUCACUGUGGGGAGCAUCGACAUGGUGUUCCCUGAUGUGGUCAGUAAAGGCGUGUCUCUGAGAGAAGGUGGCAGAGUGACUUUGACCACAGAUCUACUCAGCACCACUGACCUCAACAGCCCCGAUGAGAACUUAGUCUUCACCGUCACAAGGGCCCCCGUCAGAGGCCACCUGGAGUGUACAGAUACUCCUGGGAUGCCCAUUGCAUCUUUCACUCAGCUCCAGCUGGCUGGCAGUAAGGUUUACUACAUCCACACGUCAGAUGAUGAGGUGAAAAUGGACAGUUUUGAAUUUGAAGUGACUGAUGGCUUCAACCCUAUUUUCAGAACAUUCAGAGUCUCUAUCGUGGAUGUUGAUAAUAAGAAACCUGUUGUGACAGUUAAUAAUUUAGUUGUCACAGAAGGGCAAAUUAAGCUGAUUACACCAUUCGAGCUCACAGCUGAGGACCAAGACACAUCUGAGAAGCUGCUGAGAUUCACCGUCACCCAGCUGCCUGUUCAUGGCAAACUCCUCUACAACAAGUCCACACCCGUCACCGGCUUCACCAAACAAGACCUCAAUGAAAACCUCAUCAGCUACAAACAUGACGGAACUGAAUCCUCAGAGGACUCCUUCUCGUUUACAAUCACCGAUGGCACACACACAGACUUUUACAUUUUCCCCGACACUGUGUUCGAGACUCGGCACCCUCAAACCAUGAAAAUCACCAUUGUGGCCAUCGACAACGGCGUCCCCCAGAUCGUGGUGAAUAAAGGUGCCCCCACUUUGAAGAUUUUGUCCAUUGGUCACCUGGGUUUCCCCCUCAGCUCCAAAGUACUGAGAUCAGAGGACAGAGACAGCACCCCCGCCUCCCUGGUGUUCCACGUCACCACGCAGCCCAAACAUGGAUACAUCAUUAACCUGGGACAAGGGAACAACUCCAUCAACACAUUUAGUCAAGCUGAUAUUGAUGACCUGAAGAUCUGCUAUGUCUUACGGAAUGAAGAAAAUGUCACAUCUGAUGUCUUCCAGUUCUCCGUUGAGGAUGACGGUGGGAACAAACUCAAGGGACAGCAGUUCCGUCUGGACUGGGCCUGGAUCUCUCUGGAGAGAGAGUACUACGUGGUGGACGAGGAGGACAAGUUCCUCGAGGUGGUGCUCAGGCGGAGAGGAUACCUGGGAGAGACCUCUUUCAUCGGCAUUGGCACCCAGGAUGGUAGCGCGAAGAAGGACGAGGAUUUCAAGGGUAAGUCCCAGAGGCAGGUCCAGUUCAACCCGGGGCAGACCACCGCCACGUGGAGGGUUCGGAUACUGACUGAUGGGAAGUACGAGCAGGCGGAGACCUUCCAGAUUCUGCUCUCGGAGCCGGUGAUGGGGGUGAUGGAGUUCCCCGACACAGCAAUAGUUGAGAUCCUGGAUCCUAGUGACGAGUCAACUGUGUUUUUCCCAGCACAGAUCCACUCAGUGGAGGAAGAUGUUGGAGAGCUGUUCAUCCCGGUACACCGCAGUGGAGACAUCAGCGAGGAGCUCAUGGUGGUCUGCUACACACAGCAGGGUUCUGCUUCAGGGACGAUUCCAACCACCGUCCUGUCUUACUCGGAUUUCAUCUCCCGCCCGGAGGAGCAUGGCAGCGUCCUUCGCUUUGAAAAGGGUGAGAGGGAGAAGCAGUGUCGCGUGGUGGUUAUCGACGACUCUCUGUACGAGGGAGAAGAGAGCUUCAACGUCACUCUGUCACUGCCUGUCGGGGGGCGUCUGGGAAAGCACUACCCCACCUCCAAAGUCAACAUCUUGGAAGACACGAAUGAUGCUCCAGUGUUUUACUUUGGAGAGGUGGAGUAUCAUGUGGAUGAGAGUGAUGGAUACGUGGAGGUCAAAGUGUGGAGGACGGGGACAGAUCUGUCCAAGACGGCCUCCGCCACCGUGCGCUCUCGCAAGGCCGAGCCUGUCUCUGCAGAAGCCGGUAUUGACUACGUGGGCAUCAGUCUUAACCUGGACUUCGCCCCGGGCGUCAGCAUGCAGACCUUCAGAGUCACCAUUCUGGAUGACCUGGGACAACCAGAGCUGGAGGGCAUUGAGAGCUUUGAGUUUGUCCUCCGUAUGCCAGUGAACGGCAUUCUGGGGGAACCUGGGAUGGCUACAGUCUUCAUCAAUGACUCUGUGUCUGACUUGCCGAAGGUCCAGUUUCGUGAGCCGGUGUACUCUGGAGAGGAGAGCGAUGGUCACCUCACAGCGACAGUGUACCGCAGCGGGGACAUCACACACAGAUCCACGGUGCGCUGUUACACCCGUCAGGGCUCGGCACAGGUCGCCUCCGACUUUGAUGAGCGACCCAACACAGAAACAUCUAUAAUUAUUUUCCUACCAGGAGAGGCAGAGAAGCCAUGUAUUUUGUCACUGGUUGAUGACACGCUGUACGAGGAAGGAGAAGAGCUGCGAUUGGUCUUAGGAAACCCGAAGAGCGACUCACAGUUUGGAGCAUCAGUGGGAGCUCUGAAGGAGACCCUGGUGAAAAUCAAGGACACAGCUGACAAACCAAUCAUACGUUUUUUGGAAACCAAGAUGAGCGUAAGUGAACCGAAGGAAGCCGGCACCGUGGCAACUGUUAGGAUCCCUGUGGUACGAGUGGGUGACACAUCAAAGGUUUCAGUGGUUCGUGUUCACACUAAAGAUGGGUCUGCUAUCUCAGGGGAGGACUACUACCCUGUGUCUCAAGACAUUGAGUUUAACCAAGGGGAUAAGGAACAUGUGGUGGAGGUGGAGGUGUUGUUUGAUGGCGUCCGAGAGAUGAGGGAAGCCUUUACUCUCCACCUGAAGCCUGAUGAAAACAUGGUGGCUGAAACUCAGGUAACUAAAGUGAUAGUUUACAUCGAGGAGACCAACAGCAUGGCUGAUGUCACCUUCCCCUCCCUGCCUAACGUGGUGUCCCUGCUACACUACGACGACGUUGCCAGGACACCAGACAACCUCCAUCCCCCAGCCGGCUAUCCAGUCAUCUGUGUCACGGCUUGCAAUACAAAAUACCCCGACUAUGACAAAACCGGCUCUAUCUGUGUCAGCGAGCACAUCAACAACACCCUGACCCGCUACCGCUGGCUCAUCAGCGCCCCAGCUGGCCCUGAUGGUGUCACCAGUCCCAUGAGAGAGGUGGACUUCGACACCUUCUUCACGUCCUCCAAGAUGAUCACAUUGGACUCAGUGUACUUCCAGGCAGGCUCCAGGGUCCAGUGCGCUGCCAGGGCAGUGAAUUCUAAUGGGGAUGAGGGUUUAGAGCUCAGCAGCCCCAUCAUCACCGUCAGCCAGGAGGAAGGUAUGUGUCAACCACGCAAGAUGGGGACUGUUGGCGCUGAGCCUUUCUCUGCCAAGCUACGCUACACUGGAGUAGACGACCCGAAACACCCCAACCUCAUCAAAGUGACUGUCACCAUGCCUCACAUCGAUGGAAUGCUGCCGGUGAUCUCGACUCGCCCUCUCAUGAACUUUGAACUGACUCUCAGUCCAGACGGGACCCGGGUCGGGAACCAUCGCUGCUCCAACCUGCUGGAUUACAACGAGGUCACCACCGGUCACAGCUUCAUCACCGCCUCUACGCGCAGCCCCGAAAGCAUCGGAGACACAGCGCCGUAUCAGUUCAGCGACUCUCUGCGGGGGAACAGCACAUUGCGCUUCUACAGGAACCUCAACCUGGAGGCCUGUCUCUGGGAGUUCACCAGUUACUACCACAUGUCUGAGCUGCUCACUGACUGCGGAGGCACCAUAGGGACUGAUGGACAGGUGCUGAAUCUUGUCCAGUCCUACGUGACCCUCCGCGUGCCUCUCUAUGUGUCCUACGUGUUCCACUCUCCGGUGGGAACGGGCGGCUGGCAGCACUUCGACCUGCAGUCAGAGCUGCGUCUCACUUUCGUUUACGACACAGCCAUCCUCUGGAAAGAUGGCAUCGGAAGCCCCCCGCAGGCCGAGCUACAGGGUGCGUUGUAUCCAACAAGCAUGCGCAUCAACGAACAGGGACGCUUGGUGGUAAACUUCCGCACCAAGGCUCGUUUCAGGGGUCUGUUCGUGCACUCUCAUUCUGAAGGCAGAAUACAAAGAGCAGCCACCUCCAUGGUAAUGAGUGUGGAGCACCCCGGCCUGACCUUUAACCUCACCUUAGUGAGGAGUGAGCCUUCCUACAACCAGCCGGUCCAGCAGUGGACCUUCACCUCUGACUUCGCUGUGAGAGACUACUCUGGGACUUAUACAGUGAAGCUGAUCCCCUGCACAACAUCCCAGAAUAUGGAGUACACUCUUCCACCUGUCUGCAGUCCCAGAGAACCUGUUACCUUCGAUCUGGACAUCAGAUUCCAACAAGUAAGCGAUCCAGUUGCAGUGGAGUUCAGCCUGAACACUCAGAUGUUCCUGCUGUCCAAGAGGACCUCUGAUGGCUCCAUGGGCUUUGCUCAAGAGACUGACGUAGCCUUUUCUGAGGGUGAUACGGUCUAUGGCCGUGUGAUGGUGGACCCUGUGCAGAACCUGGGGGACUCUUUCUUCUGUAGCAUAGAGAAGGUGUUCCUCUGCACUGGUGCGGAUGGAUAUGUGCCAAAGUACAACCCCACCAAGUUUGAAUUUGGCUGCCUGGCUGACUCCCCUUCAUUGCUCUACAGAUUCAAGAUUAUUGACAAAGCACAGCCAGAGACUCAGGCACGUGUGUUUGGUGACGUCAGUUUUAAUGCUGUGCUGGCACUGGAUGAUCCGUCAGCCAUGUCCCUUGUCAGACAGCCCGGGUCUGAUGGCUUUAGGGUGGACUCUACAGCCAUGUUCCAGGUUGCUGCAGGCCGUGAGUGGUUCAUUCACACAAUUUACACCGUCCGCUCCAAAGAGAAUGCUCACAGAGGCAUUGGAAAGCGCAGCCUGGAGUACCAUUCCUUGGCUUCCACGAGCAAAGAUCUUGCCUUGACCCCAUCUAAUGGCAAAAGUCAUCGCGCCAGGAGAUCGGCUGGCGAUGAAGUCCCAGAGAUCACUGAGGAUAUUGGAGCAGAUAAUAACCGCGGUACUAAUAUCAUGCACAUCGAUUUGGAUCGCAACAAGCGCCGGGCGGUGGGGUCGAAUGAGCUGUUUGCCAACGGGCUGGAACCCAGUGAGCUGAACACACAGUAUGAAGAGGAUGGAGUGGUGACUGUGGUGGGGGUGCUGGUGGGGCUGCUGCUGACCAUCCUGAUUAUUGUCACCAUCGUACUGGUGCUGAGAUCCAGACAGAAAGAUGGGAAGGAAGGCUGGAGGGAGGAGGUACAGGAGGUGGUGAAAGGCUCCGUCAGUACAGAGCCCAUGUUGGUGGUGAGGAUGCAAGACUGCCACAACAGCUCGGAGGUCUGAGCAAUGGAUAGAUGGACAGAUGGACAAAUGGAUGUGAGGGCUUUUAUACAAUUUGGGAUUUUUUUUUUUAAAACUGGUAUAUAAUUACUUUCUUAACACCAAAAAUCUGAAAUGGAUCAUUAUGCAGAUUCGGGUGUGUGUUCCUGUAAGUGUGGGGAUUUCUACAGUAUAGGGUCCAUUAUGUAUGUUGAUCACUGCAACAGAAAACGGCACAGAAGACAAACCUACACGGUCUCUUCACUUAACAUUCAAACUUGUCCUGCUAGUAGCUUGGUAUGUCCUUUCUCACUCACUGGCUUUAUGGUGUUUAAGGGCCUGAAGCAGCUUUAUUCCUUCAGGACACUCUCAGUCACCAAGAGCACUUUCUCAUAAAGCUAGUGUCACACAGGCCAAGUCAGAGAUUUAGUGCUGCAGGUUUACCUCGGGUAAAGGGGACUAGAUGAUGUCAAUGUUCAUACUGGAAGGAAUAGUCUCAAAAAGAACAGAUUCAGCCUCAGAUCUUAUUGACCUGUCCCUGAGUCAGUCAAAUCUUUACUGAAGUGUGUGAGCCCUGGUACUUCUGUCUGUCUACCAAAGUAUAAAUGGUAACAAUACCAUCUUUUCUUCAGCUUGGAAAAGGGUACAUCUGAUUUUUGCGCACAUUGUGCAGCAUAUUCAUACUUCUUUAGUAUCUUAACAAAUGUGUUACGGAUGCAAAGUUCUGUGUUUACACUACAUUCGUUUUAAUCAUCAUAAAAAAUAUGAAUGCUUAGGGUUGUCCGAGAGAUAGUUCCAAGUGGAGAUGGGUUCCAAGAUUGUAAUCUCACUUACUGUUCCCAAAAUUCUUAAAAGUGUAUCAACUGCCAGAGGAUACUUUUCUACAAAUAUUGAGGAUUAAAAGUCAAACAUAUUGAUAGUAAAUCUUAAAUGGGGUAAACUGUACUUUUAGACAUGCAAUUUUAGCUUAAAUGUUUGCCUCAUUCUGGAAAACACAAUUUGUAAUAAAAACAUACGCACAAGAUGCCACCCCCUGUUUCUUCUUUGUAACCUAAACCUGCAAAAAUAUCUUAGCAGGUCUUCAAGUAAUAAUUACCACUGCUGUCAGAAUUUAUGUUUAUUAACCAGCUUACCAUUUUAUGAAUUCACAGUUUUUUGUUUUGCUAGCCAUAUGAUGAGGAAUGUUAAUUGUAUUGGGAUUUUUUAUUGCUGCUGAGUUGGGUUGUUUCCACUUUCUUUUACUUUAUUACCUGUUUACAGUUAAUCACUGUUUCUGUUACCACACUGUUUACUGCAAUUCACCCUUGCAGUGAUGUUGCUCCACUCUUUUUCUAUGAUAUUAUCAUAUUUAUUAAAAGUAGUUGGGGCAUAAUGAUGACACUGGUUAGAUUAUGUGUAUAAAGGCAUUCAUCUCAGGAGUAAUUUCUUUUGCAGACAAUGGACCAUGUGUAGUUACACAAUUUACUACUGUUGACUGAAGAGAAUCUCUCCAGAGCCACUUUCCACUUCUGUGAUACACUGCUAAUAAGUGUGGUGCUGUGAACAUGCAAAUACUUCAUACAUAUUCAAUGGUUUCACCCCUAUUCCAUUCUCACUAUGUUCCUGUAAGCUUCAAAUACUUCAUACAUAUUCAAUGGUUUCACCCCUAUUCCAUUCUCACUAUGUUCCUGUAAGCUUCAAAUACUUCAUACAUAUUCAAUGGUUUCACCCCUAUUCCAUUCUCACUAUGUUCCUGUAAGCUUUGUUUUCACUAGUGCUGUGUGGGAUUUCAGUGUUCUGAGUCAUGUUUUCGAACAAAGGAUGCAAAAAUAAUAGCAGUUUACAAAAUGUUAUGUCACCAUGAAUAAUAUUACAUUAGAGACAUUUAUAUAAUCUGCUGUCUCGUUAUUUGUUGAUACCACUGGUGAAAUUUCUUGUUUACAUGUUGUUAAACCUGUGUCUUACUCUGCUAUGGAUAAACUGUACAACAUGCUGA